AGCUAGGCGAGUGACUGUGCGUGGGACGAGGUCUCGUGAGUGGAUGAGGACAAGAGAGAGAGACAGAGAAGUGUGACUUUAACUUCCAGACACAGGACAGACCACUCUGGUGUGGGGGCAGGUAGUGAUAAGGCAAUGGGGGAGCGCUAGGAGGGAAAAAUUACUUUCAGGGAGGGGUAGGAAUUUUCGGGAAGGAGACGUUUAUGCAGAGUUUUGGAAGACUAGCCGCCUACCGGAACCUCCAGUCUUCCGUCUUUGUUCCUCCCAGGCGGAGGCGUCCUCCCCUCCGCCCCAUUCCCCGCGGCACCUGCGCCUGCGCGUGGCCGCGCCCUUUCUCUUAAACCCGCCUCUUCCGGCCACCUCUGGUCGCGGGGGGGUGCUGUGUGGCGCCCUGGCAAGAUGGCGGCGUCCGAGAAGAUGAUGUUUCCGGAGAAACCAAGCCACAAAAAGUACAGGGCCGCCCUGAAGAAGGCGAAACGAAAGAAACGUCGGCAGGAACUGGCUCGAUUGAGGGACUCAGGACUCUCACAAAAGGAGGAGGAGGAUGCUUUUAUUGAAGAACAACACCUAGAAGAAGAGAAGCUGUUGGAGAUAGAGAGGCAAAAAUUACAUGAGGCGUGGUUACUUCGGGAGCAGAAGGCACAAGAAGAAUUCAGAAGAAAGAGGGAAAAGGAAGAGGCAGCUAGAAAACGGCAGGAAGAACAAGAGAGAAAAUUAAAGGAAGAAUGGGAAGAGCAGCAGAGAAAGGAGAGAGAAGAGGAGGAACAGAAGCUACAGGAGAAGAGAGAAAGAGAGGAAGCUGUGCAGAAGAUGCUGGAGCAGGCUGAAAAUGAGUUGGAAAAUGGUGCCACAUGGCAAAACCCAGAGCCACCCAUGGACUUAAGGAUAAUGGAGAAAGAUCGAGCUAAUUGUCCAUUCUACAGUAAAACAGGAGCGUGCAGAUUUGGAGAUAGGUGUUCACGUAAACACAAUUUCCCAUCCUCGAGCCCCACACUCCUUAUUAAAAGCAUGUUCACAACGUUUGGAAUGGAGCAGUGCAGAAGGGAUGACUAUGACCCGGAUGCCAGCCUAGAGUACAGUGAAGAGGAAACCUACCAGCAGUUCCUGGACUUCUAUGAUGAUGUGCUUCCUGAGUUCAAGAACGUGGGGAAAGUGAUCCAGUUCAAGGUCAGCUGCAACUUGGAACCUCAUCUGAGGGGCAAUGUGUAUGUUCAGUAUCAAUCGGAAGAAGAAUGUCAAGCAGCCCUUUCCCUGUUUAAUGGACGAUGGUACGCAGGACGGCAGCUCCAGUGCGAAUUCUGCCCAGUGACCCGAUGGAAAAUGGCAAUUUGUGGUUUGUUUGAAAUACAGCAGUGCCCACGAGGAAAACACUGCAACUUCCUGCAUGUGUUCCGAAAUCCCAACAAUGAGUUUUGGGAGGCUAACAGAGACAUCUACCUGUCUCCCGAUCGGACCGGCCCCUCCUUCGGUAAGGGCUCGGAGAGGAGAGACAGGACGGGCCACCACGAGGAGUACUAUGGGAGGCCCAGGAGGAGACGGAGCCCUAGCCCAUCGCACUCCUACAAGAGGAACGGGGAAGCAGAGAGGAAAAGGAGAAGCAGGCGCCGGGGCCAGAAGUCUCACAAACACAUGGCAAGGAGUCGCGAGAGGCACGUUUCACGAAGUAGAGCAAGGAAAAGGGCCCGCAGCCGGGGCCGGGGCAGCGGGAGCCAGAGCUCCUCUAGGUCCAGGAGCCGUGGCAGGAGGAGGUCAGGCAGCAGAGACAGAAUUCUUCAGAGUCCCAAAUGCAAAUAAACGUACUUUGUUCUUACAUGAUUGUAGAUCUUCUUUAUGAGGGCUGCUUCAUACUGGGGCCUAGGGGGCUCUGAGCUCAAUGGCUGAGCAAGUCUGGCAGAACCCUAUUUAAAAAGGCCUUUAUGCUCUGAUAAGCAGUGUGUUUGGUAUAGAAAACCUAGACGACCUACAGUGUACGGAUAGCCUGAAAUCACCUGUAAUCCUAACCCUUAGUGAGAACGUUAACAUGGGAGCAGUGCUUACGCCUUCAUUUCCUCCUCUUCUGCGUCUGCACACGUGGUUUUUUUUUUUUUUUCACAGAAAGAUCAUAUAUGGCUGCAGUUGAAAAUGUUUUUUUCUCCUCCACCAAACCUCCUAUUUCAUCAAGCCUCUUCUUUUUCUCACUGCCCAGCGUGGACCUAUCCCUUUAUUCAACCAUACCCCUAUUGUUGGAUUUUAAAUUACCUUUAAUUUUGCACUAUUAAAGAAUCUAGUGCUAUAAA